AUGUUUGUAGUUCUAUUGAUAUUGGUGCUCGAGGUGGUGUCAGCAGUCCCUCGCCAGAAAAGAGGAACAUUUUGUAUAAUGCAUGGCCAAGAUUAUUCUCAUGGAGAGAAUUUUACUAUUGCUCGUUCUGGACCAUGUGUUGUAUAUAACUGUAAUCAUGGAUUAGUUAGACCAAUUCAAUUAGAAUGUAACGAUGGAUCUGGGGGAUGUCAUCCUCAAGGUACUGAGAAAGAAUUCAACUGUAAAACUGCUAUCUGUGCGGAGAGGGGUAACACCAUUGGAUUUUAUGUCACUCAUACAAAAUGUCGAGAUCCCAAUGGUGAUUGUCAUACUAUAGGUGAGACAUGGAUUAAAGAUUGUCAGCAAUUUGUUUGCAGAAAAACAGGUCCAAGCACUUUCCGUAUUCGAACAUUGGGAAUACAAUGCCAAGAUGCCUAUGGAAACUGUAAAAAUUUUGGAGAAAGUUUUUCGUAUGUCAUCAAUAACCAACUAUACAGAGAAUGUACUUGUAAUUUACUUGGUACUAGGUUAAGAUAUGAAUGUGCAUAAUUCGAUUAUGGGAAACUUUGGAAUAGAAAUAUUGUUGGACAAAACUGUAUUAUCUUACCCAAUUCAUUUGUUAUGAAUAAAACUAUAGUCACUGCUA